UACUGUGUUGCAGACUCCGACGCGUCCGAGAGUAUGUUGCCGGCGGACCAUCCUCUGGCCCCGUUAUCCAGAAGACUGAAGAGAUUUGUGAAGAAACAGAUCCUGGUGUCGGAGUACAAUCCCCAAACUUCAAUUUUUUUCUUAACUUCGGCGAUAAUCGUCGAAGAAAAGAAGCGGCAAAUCGAAUCGGGAUCUUGGAUCGUGCAUCCGUUCAGCGUUUUCAGGAUUUACUAUGAGAUGUGGAUGACAUUCGUGUUCCUUGCUAAUUUGAUUUUUAUCCCGAUAGACGCGGCUUACGGCUUCCUGUUGGAGUCUAACCAAAUAAUUGAUUUCGUGUUGGGCUCAUUUUGUUUAUUUGAUAUUUUUAUGAAUUUUCUCACCGGUUACUGCCUUCCGAGUCACGAAGUUGAAAUGAAUCCAAGAAAAAUUGCCAAACAUUAUGUUUUUGGAGUAUACUUUAUAUGCGAUUUGUUGUCGUCCUUGCCGAUAGAUAUUUUUACAGACUAUAAAGCGGUUGACGAUAAUGUGUCCUUAUUGAAAAUUGUGAGACUCGGUACUUUACUGAAGUACAUGGGGAGAAGUUUUCAUUUUUAUAAAAUCAAGAGCUUUUAUAUUUUGUUAGUGACGGCGAUACUACUGAUAGUUCACUACAUGAAUUGCUUAUUUUUUUAUCUUCCUCUGUUUGUGAUGAGAUUCACUCACACAAGUGAAGGAAGAGAUGAUUUCAUACUGAGGCGGGUGGGCUCUCUGGUACCAAAUACGACACUUGGUUACAGAUGGUACGUUGUGAACUGGUAUCACUCCACGAGCUUUCUCUUGAGUGUCGAACUUAAGUAUGGAUUUAGUUGGCCCCCUGUGACGUACCUUAGCAUAAUUCUUUUCUACAUCUUUGGAAAAGUUUUUAUGGCUGGUGUAACCGUUAUGCUUCUCGAGCGUUAUCGACUUUACAAAGGUGUGGAAACUAAGUUUUACUCGAUGAUGAGUCAAGUCAAUGCAUUCAUGGAGAUUCAUAAAUUCCCUAGGAAAUUACAAGCGAAAGUCCAUCAGUACUACAAAUAUAAAUAUAAGAAAAAGUAUUUCAACGAAAGUCGUGUUGACCGAAACAUUUCCGAAAAGCUACGAAGAGAAAUUAGAUAUCACCAGUUGCGCACCUUAGUCAAAAAUGUUACCAUCUUCGAAGCUAUACCCCAAGAAUUUCUUGAAAAUUUAUUCGUCCAUUUGAAAAAAGAAAUAUAUUUGCCACAAGACGUAAUCAUAUCAGCUGGCGUCGCCGGAGAUUGUAUGUUUUUCAUCUAUUCUGGAACCGUCGCCGUAUUUUCACCUUCGGGAAAAGAAAUUUGCCACUUAACCGACGGUGACUAUUUCGGAGAAAUCACUUUAAUUUUACCAAACAGAAAAACCACGGCGAGUAUAAUAGCUCUAGAAAUAUGCGAAGUUUACAGAUUGGACAGAAAGCCGUUCAGAAAAUGUUUGGAGAAACAGGAGAAUCUGUACAACAAGAUUCAAGAGGUGGCCAAGAGAAGGUUAAACGAGAGCCAUCAGAUAGAUAGGAUUCAAAUUUUGGUCACUCCCGGCAGCCCGAAUCUGUAGA